AUAUGAACAAAGAGAUCGUGGCAUCAACAAUCGAAUUUAAAGUAAAAAGUUGCUUCAAUAAUAAGGUGACAAUGUCAUUUGAUGAGGCGAAAGUUAAACCAGGCGCUAAUGUUAACUUGAACAUUGGUGCGAGCCCUAGUUCAACAUGCUUUGUCGGGAUGCUCGAUAAGAGUGUGACCCUCCUUGGAGGCAAUAAUCAGCUCACCCCGGAUCAGCUGUUUGAGAAGGUGAAGCAAGUUUCACGUCCAUACCAUUACAUCAGUUACUGGGAGGAAGACCGGGCUUAUUGUGACAAGAAAACUGGUCCUAGAGGACCUGAGCAAUACUAUUAUUCUUAUUCAUCACCAACCGGUGUCGAUGCAGAACAAUCAUUUAGGGAUGUGAACUUGUGGGUAGAAACAAAUGCUUUGUUACAAAGUAGGCCGUGUACAGAACCGACACGAAUGUAUUAUUAUGACUAUGGUGCACCCGAAGCAUUAGACGAUUUGUCAGUCGCUGCUGUACCACCAAUGCCUGUAGCAAGGUCAGACUUUGAUAUCAGUGAUAGAUCAGAAUCUGAAUCUGAAAGUGAAGUAACUAUUCGCAGUUUCUUUCCAGAAACAUGGCUUUGGGAUGUGUUGAAACUUGGAGAAGAUGGAGCGCUGACCGUAACCACUACAAUACCCGACACUAUAACAGAAUGGAUUGGUAACACCGUAUGUACACACGAAAGUGACGGCGUGGGCGUAACGGAGAUGACAGGCGUUACUGCAUUCAAACCUUUCUUUGUGUCACUUACGUUACCUUAUUCUGCUAUCAGAGGAGAGGUGUUACCUAUAGUUGUGACUGUAUUCAACUAUCUCUCUGAUUGUAUAACUCUCGAGGUACAGUUUAGGGAAACAGAUGGUUUUCAUUUCUCAGAAACUAGUGCUAAGUCAAGACAAUUUUGUUUAUGUGGUGGAAACAGUGAGUCAACAAAAUUCUACAUCAUACCAACAAUAAUUGGGGAAAUAGAUCUAGAAGUUGUUGCUGUGUCAAUUGAUGCUGUUGGUUUAUGUGGAGACGUUGUUCUUGGUGAAAUAGAAAUAGGCGUUACUGAUGGUGUACAAAGACAACUUCUCAUAGAGGCUGAAGGCGCACCACAAGAACAAACAAAAAGUUCAUUCUUAUGUGUUAAAGAAUCAGAAUAUAUAACUGAAGUGGUUGAAUUGAAUCUUCCGUCAGAUUUGGUAGAUAGCUCGGAACGUGCCACCGUCUCUGUCGUCGGUGAUAUCAUGGGUCCAACGCUUUCAAAUUUGAAAAACCUAUUACGAAUGCCGUAUGGUUGUGGAGAACAGAAUAUGGCAUCGUGGUCACCGAACAUAUAUGUUUUACAAUACUUGGAAAAUACUGAGCAACUCACAGAAGAGCUUGAGAAUCAGGCGGAGGGAUACAUGAGAGUUGGAUACCAGAGACAGAUGAAGUACCGACAUAACGAUAAUUCUUAUAGUGCAUGGGGAGAAAAUAACUAUGGAAACGCUACCGGAAGUCUGUGGUUGACGGCAUUUGUCGUAAAAUCUAUGGCGCAGUCGUCUGCUUAUAUUGUAGUGGACAAAGACGAUAUACUUAGAAGUGCACGCUGGUUAGUAAGCCAUCAACUUGAUAAUGGCUGCUUUCCUCAGGUUGGAAAAGUUUUCAGUUCCUACCUUAAAGGUGGACUUGAUGGGGACAAUCCAGCAGGACUUACGGCGUUUACCCUUAUAGCACUUGUUCAAGCUGACCUUGGUAAAGAAUUUGAGGCUAAUAUAACCAAUGGAUUUUAUUCAUGUUUGGAUACAUUCUAUCCAACAGAGACCGACACUUAUACUUUAUCUUUGAUGUUAUAUGCGUACACAUUAUAUGACAUUGAAGGUCCAAGACGAAGGAAAGUACUAGAGGAGUUAAAAAGCAGACGUGUAAAUAAAGAUGGGCUUGCGCAUUGGCAGAGAGGGAAGGAAGAGGAACCGGAAACAGACGCCGACUAUUACUGGUACCGAGCACCUUCUGCGGAAGUUGAAAUGACGUCAUACGUCCUAUUAUCAAUGUUGGCUGAGGGAUCUGACGUCAUUGGAGAUGUACAGCCGGUUGUUCAAUGGUUAACAAAACAGAGAAAUCCUUACGGAGGCUUUUCAUCUACUCAGGACACAGUUGUUGCAUUACAAGCUCUCGCCGAGUUCGGCAAGUUAACAUAUUCCAAAGACACCUCCGUUAGAGUUACGGUCAGAAAUCAGGACAUUAAUCACGUGUUUUCUGUGACCCCAAAGAACAGUUUGGUAUACCAGUCAGUAGAUAUCGCCCCUAACCGUGGAGCAGUGGAGAUGAGCAUCCAUGGAUCAGGCUGUGCAUUGUUACAGGUUAACAUGAAGUAUAACAUAUAUACAGAGGACGAUAAUGCUCCAGCUUUCUUGGUCGAUGUCAGGUCUUAUAGGUCCAGUAAACAGAAGAGAAACUGUGCAAUAAAAACACUUGAAGUUUGUUCCAGUUAUGUUAAGGGAGGGGUUUCAAAUAUGGCCAUUGUGGAAGUUAAAAUGCCAACUGGCUGGGUCCCAGUCUCGUCCACUCUUGAUGAGCUUCUUAGGUCGGAGAAAAUACAGAAAUUCGAAGUGGAUAAGAACUACGUUGAGCUUUACUUUGAUGAGUUUUCAAGCACAAGAACUUGUGUAGAUUUUGACGUAGAGCAAGAAAUACGGUUGACCUCUAAACCGGCUUUAGUUAAAGUAUAUGAUUAUUAUGAAACAAGAUACAGUGCUACACGGAAUUACUCAUUAACGACAGUAUGUGGGACGAAGGAAGAAAUAUCAUUUGACAACAAAGAUUUAGAUUGUUCUAUCGUGCAAUGCAGGGUGACUAGCACAAGAAUACCUAAAAGUAGCUGUCCAAGAUGUUUAGAAUCACUUGAUAAAGAUGCUCUGGGAAAUCUCUUCUGCGAUUCGGAAAAGGUGUACAAGUCUGUUGCCCGGAGGAAGGGAGAUUACUCUAUCAAACUGAAAGCAGAUCUACGGGUUAAAGGAAAGGAUAUAAUAGACAAGUUCGUCAAUUAUGAUAUGAAUGAUCAAUGUGACUGUCCAAAUGUUCAAGAAGGUCCAGAGUCUAGAGCCUUUAUUUUCACAAAGGCCGACGCAUUCGACCCAUCAACAGAAGUGUUAUCGUUACUGGACUCUGAAACAAUCAUACGUUAUGAGAGGAGUUAUGAGAGAAUAAUGAAUAAGCUCUCUUCAAAGGCACAUACUUGUGACAGACUGAAAAGUUUGAAAAGAUCCACUUCUCCUAAAAGUGCUGCCAAGCUUCUGCGACUAAGACGGAAGUUAGGGUUGUUAUAGAAACGUUGUACAUAUGGUCAUAUAUAAUCUAAGAAUUAAAAAAUUGUAUUUGAAUUUUAAGCCUUAAAUAGAACAUCGGGAGAACAUCGCAAAACAAUUGAAUAUUUUGUUACUAUGAUUUAACCGUGAUCUUUAAAUGAUUUAAAUGAUUGUUUUACGACUUUUAAUUGAAAAUUAAAUUGUGAUAUAUGAAUAAACUUGAUAGGCCCUAAUCAUUAUGACUGUUUGAAAUCUUGGUAUUAUAUGUCCUAUUCUUUUGUCAUGCGUUAUAUUAGGUUUAGCUUUAAAUAUUAAUCCGCCAUGAUUCGAACAAUUCUUGUUUAUGGGUAUGCUUCAAUUACAUUUAAACUGGAAGUUACUUGUUUUUAAAAAUGGCACAUUUAAUAGCUGGAAGACAAGUUAAGUAGUGAUGUUGUCUAUUGGAAUGUAGUUGUUGUCUUGGGUCGGAACGAUCCUUGAUAUGACAUUUUAUAGUCGACUGAUAAGGCUUACUGUUUGAAGCAUUAAACGUUCCGUUUUCAACAAUAACUUCUGGUAAUAACUGCUCGUUGGGUUUAUUUGCACAAAUGUAUGCAGCGUAUCACUUUAGAAGUUUUCAUACUGACAUUACUCCAGUCUUUGGCGCAUUUCUUACGGCAAUUUGAUUUGGUACGUCUCAUUUUUAUUAUAAUAUAAAAUGGAACAACGGUUUCGAUUGGUGUUUAGAAAUGAUGUCAUGACUGUAGAGUUAUGACUCAGUCUUGAAAGUUUUUUAUGCCAAAGAACGUCACGUUACUUGCAUAUCUAAUGUAUUUCAUAAUUUGGGUUAAGUAUUCAUAUUAAUACAAAAUGAAAAGGGUAGCAACCUUUGAAUAUCUGAAUUAUGAACUACAUUUGGAAUACUGACGUUAUGAAAUUCCGGUGCAAUUUUUUCACAGCUUUAUGUGUCCCGAUUAUGAAAAGGUCAUGGCUGCAUGUAGAUUAUGGCUACAUGAAAAGGAAAUUUCAUUAAGAAAACAUUUUGUGCGGAUAAAUCCCAAAUAUACUGCUAAAUUACAAUAUUAUUUGCCAAUUACUUCAUUAUGCCUAGAUUUGUAAUUUGUAGCAUAAAUAUACUUUAAUUUGUUUUUACUUUUAUAAUAAAACCUCAUUUAUAAUCAAAACCA